GCGCUUUCGCAAAGUGUCACCUUGUAGACCUAUGAAUAGCAAUACAUACCAAAUUCCAAAGUUAAGUUCCCAGCAAAUUGCAGAAUGUUUGAGAUGGCAAAUAGUACGGAGAAAGUUUCGCAGAGGAUACAUCACCCAGACUCGAAGGCCGACGGGAUCAGUGACUCUGUGCGCUCCCUGGACACUCGUGCUACGGAGUUCACAGAACCGGCAUUGAGUCCGGCGGAUUUGCCUGCCCGCAGCCGCAAGGCCUUCCUGCGGCAUAUGAUUGGCCAAUUGCCGGAGUCCGUGCAGAACCGAGUACGAGCACUCAAACAGAAUCAGGUACAACAGGUACGCAUUUCGGAGCAGUUUUUCCGGGAGGUUUACGAACUGGAACGACGUUUCUACGGCCAGAGCUGUGCCCUGUUCGAUGCCAGACGGGAUAUCGUAGAUGGCUUAGUGGAGCCACCUGUGCAAACGGAGACCUCCUGGCCCGAAGACACACACGACUCGAUGCAUCUGGACUUUGAGAACAACGAAGACUUGCGCCAGUUGAGGCUUAAAUUGCCUCCAGUUUCGCCUAAUACCUUGGGAGUUCCACGCUUUUGGCUGACCGUCUUCCAGAAUGUUCCCCUUCUCUCAGAAUUGGUUCAGGAUCACGAUGAGCCGCUGCUGGAGUGCCUGGUCGAUGUGCGACUGGCUUACGACCAGGAUAGCUACACGGUUAGCUUUCAGUUUCGGCCCAAUAACUUCCUACACGAUUCGUCGUUGGUGCUGACAAAACGCUACUUUCUGCAACAUUCUGCGGACCAGGAGUAUCCCUUUAUGUUUGAGGGACCGGAAAUAGUGCGUUGCGAGGGCUGCCACAUCCACUGGCGAGAUGGCUCCAAUCUCACGCUCCAAACGGUGGAGAGCAGGCGAAGGAACAGAACCCGCAGCGUCACAAAGGUUAUGCCUCGCGAGUCUUUCUUCCGCUUCUUUGCUCCACCGCAGGCUUUGGAUUUGUCCCUCGCGGAUGAGAAGACCAAGCUUAUUCUGGGCAACGACUUUGAAGUGGGCUUCCUACUGCGCACCCAGAUCGUUCCUAAGGCAGUUCUCUUUUACACCGGUGAUCUGGUGGACAGCCUGAACGAUGCCGCUGCAGACAGUCGAUCCAUGUCUUCCGAGGCGGAACAGGAGCAGGUCUUGUGAAUAAUUUCAGCCUACUUCCCAUCACGUUGCUUAAAGAUUGUAAAAUGACAAAAUUAUUCGUGAUUCAUUAGUUAUAAACAAAAUUGUAUUGUUUUUCCCCUAAUCAAUAAUAAUAUGUACUUAAGCUAGGCAA